GAUCCUGUCUAAAGUAUUUUUCCUAUUCUUUUUCACACUGUUUUGUUGCAUCUGUUCUUUGAGCAAACGGAGAGCGGGAUUGUCUGUUUAUCUUUCCUUUUUUGGGCGUUUUCAUGAAGAAUUCCCUUAACUUGUUAGAAGAGGAGGAACACACGUUUUUCUUUCAUGAGUAAAAAUGCAAGGAAGUUAAGAGAAAAAAAAACAUGUUGAGUAAACAAUUUUGUGCCUAUUGUAUAGAAAAUGAAAUUAUCUUGUAAAUAAAAGAGAAAAUGAGAAGAACAAGGAUUUCCUCGGCAACUUUCGAUGUUGUAUCGAUUAAAUAAAGAGUGAAUAAGUGGAAGAAACAAAUUGAGCAUGGGACCGAAAAAGAAGCUGAGUAAGAAGGAGAAAGCAAAACUCGAUGCUGAGCAUGCUGAACAUGUGCGCCAAGAGCAGGAAAAGGAACGUCAGAAAACACUUCAGGAAGAGCAGGAGCGUCAGAAGCGGGAACGGGAAGAGGCUGAAGAUCGCCAGCAGCAAGAGCUGGUGGAGAAUAGAAUAAGGCGUGUUCAGCUCAAAGAGAGCGUGGAGUUUUUCCUGGAUUUCAGACAAAAAAUUUCUGAGAUUUACGCUGAGCAAAAGAAGCAAAAUGAAUGGAAGCGAUACAUGAGAUGCAACGGCUUGCCGAAUGCCCAGAAUCCUGGAGAUUUGCGCCAAUACAUCCACAUGUGGAUGGAGAAGGAAGACAUAAUGGAAGCUAGUGAGCGGAAUUGGCUCUUGAUGACCAACGAAGAGACUCUUCUGACCCAGAAUCGUGAUGUUGUGGAUCUCACGAGAGGAAACGUGAAGAAACUACAGCCUAACAUUGGAGAUUUAUACGCUAGUCGCGUACAGGAAGUUCUGGGGGUGAGUUCAAAGCAUUGUGGUGUGUGCAAUGAUUUUGAAACUGGUUUUGCAGAUCAUGGAUGAACUGCAGGAGGCUAUUCUAGAUCCUGAUGACUUAUCUUUGGCCAUUUAUCGAGAUCUGUUACGCUUGAGGGCGGAAUUGAGAGAAAAACUCG